GCCCCUGCACGCCCUGGGCCACGUCGUCAUGAAGCAGAGCUACGUCUGCGCCCUCAUCGCCAUGAUGGUGUGGAGCAUCACCUACCACAGCUGGCUGACCUUCGUGCUGCUGCUCUGGGCCUGCCUCAUCUGGACGGUGCGGAGCCGGCAUCACUUCGCCAUGCUCUGCUCGCCCUUCCUCCUCCUCUACGGCGUCGCGCUCUGCAGCCUGCAGUACGUCUGGGGCAUGGAUCUGGCCCCCGAGCUGCCCACCCGCGUCGGCUUCAUGAGCCUCGAGCAGCUGGGGCUGGUGCACCCCAAAUAUCCCUGCUUGGACCUGGGGGCCAAGCUCCUGCUCACCCUCACCUUCUGGCUGCUGCUGCGGGAGUUCGUUAAGGAGAAGCUGCUAACGAGGAGCUCCCCGGCCACCCCUCUCCUGGAGGUGACCAUCGCGGACACGGGUGAGGGCUCCCGGUGUCACCCACCCGGAGGGACCCUGCGCCGGGGUGUAUCGCUGAUGAACUUCUUGCUGGUGCUGCUGUGGGCCUUCGCCAUGCCCUACUGUCGCUUCCGCCACAUGGCCUCCUGCCUCUCCACUGUCUGGACCUGCAUCAUCAUCGUCUGCAAGAUGCUCUACCAGCUCAAGAUUGUCGAUCCCAACGAGUACUCCAGCAACUGCACCCAGCCCCAGCUCAACAGCACCAACCUGAGCCCGGAGGAGCUGGGCAACUCCACGCUGUACCGCGGCCCCGUGGACCCCGCCAACUGGUUCGGCAUCCGCAAGGGCUACCCCAACCUGGGCUACAUCCAG